AUGGACGCGGGCUCUGGCCCCAUUAGCUUCUCUCCCAACUUUCAGGAAGGUCCUUUCGGUUGCCCCAUUUGCCUAGACUCUCUGAAGGACCCGGUCACCACUCCUUGCGGCCACAACUUCUGCUUGGAGUGCAUCGGGGCUCACAGGCAUCACCCCGGGGGCGUUACAGGAGCCGGAGGACCAAGUGCCUCCCGCUGCCCCCUCUGCCAGGAAUCCUUCCCAGCCGACCUCUCGCUCCGUAAGAACCACACCCUGGCGGAAUUGUUGCAGCUCCGACAGCCCUCGCCUAGCAGUCCGGGCCUGGCUAUGGCACCCGAGGAAACGUCGGAGCCGCGCGCUCCGGGCAACGGCGAUGCCCAGAUCGAGGAGGUGCUUUGCGACUUCUGCACCGAUGGGGAGAAGAGGGCUGAAGCGGCCAAGUCGUGCUUGGUGUGCUUGGCGUCCUUCUGCACCCCCCACUUGCAGCCUCAUCUGAAAAGCCCGGCUUUCCAAAGCCACCGGCUGGUUCCGCCGUUGCGGCACAUCGAGGAGAGCCUCUGCAAGUUGCACCUCAAGCCCUUGGAGAGCUUUUGCCGGACCGACCACAGCUGCAUCUGCCAACUCUGCCGGACCCAGGAGCAUCGGAGCCACGAGGUGGUGGCCGUGGAGGUGGAGCAGGAACACGUGGAGGCUCAGAGGCCAAAACUCCUGAACAAUAUUGAAAAUCAGCUGGAUGAACUGGGAGCCACAAUAGCGCAGAUGAAGAGGAUGGUGGAUCUCAUCAAAGCUACUGCUCAGAAGGAGAAGGAAAAGGUCAGCAGUCUCUUUGCUGAGGCCACCAAGGUCCUGGCAACAUUUAAGAAGGAAGUGCUUAGUUUCAUUGAGGUAGAUGAAAGAGCCAUGCUGGGCAGAGCAGGGGAGGAACUGCGGCAGAAAGAAGAGCGACGGGCCCUGCUGAUGGAACACAAGCGGAACCUGGAGAAAGUCUCCAGCAUGGACACCAUCACUUUCCUGCAGGAAUUCCAGGCAUUAAAAAUAGCAGCUGAGGAAAAAAACCUUGCAUGUACAGACUUCCCCAGAGAGCUGAGUUUUAUUAAAUCCAGUCAGGCUGUGUUUGCUGUGAAGGAGCUGCUGGGAAAUAUUUGCAAGAACCAAUGGGACCAACUGUCAGGGAAGGGUGAGAAUGGACCUUUUCUUCAUGGGAUACCAGAAGUGACAAUUGAACCACAGGUUUCAGAAAGGAGCAUCAAUCCCGCCAGUUUGGAAUCACGAGAUUAUUUUCUCAAAUCUGCAUUCAUAAUUGACUUGGACAGUGAUACUGCUGACAAGUUCAUCCAACUCUUUGGGACGAAGGGGGCUAAGCGUGUGCUGAAUCCCAUUGCUUAUCCUGAGACUUCAACCAGGUUCAUCAACUGUGAGCAAGUACUGGGCGAGAAUCUGAUGAACCGUGGCAACUAUUACUGGGAAGUGGAGCUCAUAGAUGGUUGGGUGAGCAUUGGAAUAAUCACUGAAAACUUCAACUCCCAGGAGUCGUAUGACCGGGGCCGCCUAGGCAGGAAUGAGAAGUCAUGCUGUCUACAAUGGAAUGGCCAGAAUUAUGUUGCGUGGUUUGGCGGAUUUGACUGUGUUAUACAGCAGCCAUUUUUUCAUACUAUUGGGGUGUACUUGGAGUAUUCAGAGAAGGUGCUGACGUUCUAUGGAGUCAAAGAUUCCAAGAUGACUUGUCUCCAGCAGUUCAAAGUGGCUCGUUUCAAAAAGGGACAUUUUGACCCUUUCCAGAAUAAGAUCAACCACCAGUUUCCAACACUGUUCACGCACAACCUCAAGCCAGCCUUUUUUCUCGAAAGUGUAGAUGCUCACAUGCAGCUCGGGCCUUUGAAGAAAGACUGUGUUUCAGUACUUAAGCGGCGAUAAUUUGGUCUAUGCAUGACCAAGAAUAAAGAAUUUGACAAGUAGGAAGUUUGUGACAUGUCUGCUGGAGCACUGUGUCAUCUUUCUGAGUUAGUGUUGGCGAAUUAAUCAUACUUGUUACUGCACUUUUUUACUUAUUUGAUAAGUAUCAGAGUUUAAAGAAGCACUUUCCAGCAAAACAUAUUUUUUUUUUGGAAAAUAAUUAGGGAUCAUUUACAAAGGGCUUGAUCUAAAGCAAAAGGCAUCUCCAUUUCAUCUAUAUGAACCAAUGGUAUCUCCAGAGACUGUGCUGUUUCACAAGAAAUACACGGAUAAAUAAUCAACAAUACCAUCGAAACUCAUCUUCACAAUGUGUCGCUAGGUGAAUACUGCUCUUCCACUGCAUUUGGAAAAAAAACAACAACUGGAGAAAACAGUGGUGUCAACUGUUAACGUCAUAGCAAAUGGGAUAUAUGAACAAAUGUAUCUUUGUUUUGGAUUAUAAUAGCAAAAAAAAAUAGUAGGGGGCUGUGGGGAGCUUUAGUUGACUCUUAGCUUAAAUCUAAAUUCUAGUCUAAAUAUUAGAAAUAUAACUUUGAAAUUAAAUGGAGCAUCUGUGACUGUGUGUCAGCCCCACUAGUUAGACCAGUUCAAGAAAUGAACUCCAAAGGAAGGAUAAAAUUUUUACUGAGAUCGGCUAUAAUAAUUGAGACAAGUCUGAUUGUAAUAUACCACCUCCUCUUUGUAGUUCAGUGAAUUAGGGUGCCAUUUGCCUGAGCAGCUUCCAAAUGUUAUCUCCUUGUUUUGGACUUAAAAAGUGUUCCUGUCACUUUUGUUUAGGCAACGGUUCCUGCAUAUUUCCAUCAUGGUCACAUUGCAUACUGUGUACACUGUGCUUUAAUGCUAUAUAUGCCUGUUUAUAUUGGGUUAAAAAGUGUACAAAGUAAAAACUAAGUUGCAGAUCUGAACAUGAGGUACUCAAGAGAUGAGUACCUGCACAAGAGAGCAGAACGUUUAAACACUGGGUUGCAAGUUUUCUUUUCUUUACAAGCAUCUUACAAGCACAGAAAUAUUAUAAAAAUGGAGAUUCAAUAGCUCUCUGGAGUCACUGGCUCGUUGAAUCUGAUGGAAAUUGAGGCUUAUCAGCCUCUGAGGGACUGCAGGUUCCUACUUCUAUGAUAUAUUCUGCUGUAUUUUGUCACUGUAUUUUGAAUACAGAUCCAUGGAAGUACAAUGGAAGAAAGACCCUUGGUUAAGAUGGAGAAUGGGGAUUGAGCUUUCAGGUAUAACAAGGAUACAAGUGUAUAAAAUCCAUUCUUUCAAAUAUACUAAGAAGACACUGUAAACAUUUAUAAAUUUAUCAUAAUUUAGUCAUGCUGAUAGAAUACAGGAGUGGUGAGGAAAUUCUAGCUGCUAUUGUUAAAAAAAAGUUUUUCAAGUUAACCUAUGGGGAGACCCAAGUUUUUCCUUAGGCUUAGGCUUUUUAAAAAUUGUUUUGUGGCUUUUUAAAGAUUGUUUUGUUUAGAAUGGGAUUGACAGUUGAGUUUGAAUAAACCAUCCAUUGGAUUCCUUUGUUUCUAGAAGAUUAUAGGCUGUGAGUAUAAUGUAAAUUAGGACUGAACAAGGAGAAAAUUUAGAGAGAUUUUGUUUUGCAAUCACAGCAUAAUUUUGUUCUUUAAAGCAUUAAUCUAAUGCUAGCCCACUUCAUUAAUUUCAUGAUCUCGGGAUUACAUUGUUACAAGAGGGUUUUGCAGUAUUAAUCAGUACAUUAUUUGUUUCCCAAAUGUGUUUUGUUUACAAAAUAAAUACCAUUAUAUCCUGUAUUCAAGCUGGAAGUAUAGUAGAUUUGAUUAAUUAUGAAAUUAAUUUAGUAAGAGCAUUUUAUUUGCUGCUGGUCCCUACUGAAAUAUUCUUCCCUUUCAUUAAAAAAAAAUGUGAGGCCUUAUAGUUUGUGUGUCCUUCCGAAAGCACUGCAACAUAGUCCUGAAGCAGACAUGUGUUGUGUUCUUUUUUUCAAAUAAAAUUUUCAUCUUUCUGUAAAGGAAAAAUGAUACAUAUAUGAUGUACGUAUUGAAUUACAUGCUGGAAUUUAGUAUGUUAAAUUUAUACCCAAUUGAUUAGUGUUAGGAAGGUUACAGGGAUUAAUAAAGAUAUACUGUAUCAUUGACAUUGGAAUUUGUAAGAUGUAAUUUACUCUACUUUGAAAUUAGGACUUUUUAAAUAUUUAAAGCUGGUUAGUUAAUAAAAUAGAUGGAGCCAUCACUGCAGGAUUGACAAAGGGGCACUCAGGAUGGUUGAGAAGAUCUCAUUGUCCCUAACAGGAUAGACGGCACAGUUCUGUGAGGAGAGGAUCUACUGUACAUGCAGAUGAUCCCAGCUAGGGGAGGUAGACACUUUGUUCCUUCAUUUUUAUAAUGCAGCUAUUGUAAGGGGGAAAGUACUAUAUUUUGUGAUUUACUGAACAACUGGUUGAUGGGAACAACGCCACACUUAAUUUUUUGGGAGAAGAAGUUUGUUCAAUUGGAUUCAAAUACUACCAAAACACAGAGUUGUGUCAUAUGUAUGACUGCGACAGGAUUUUCUUUUUUCAAAACCAUUCAGGAUGAGAAUUGAAUUUUUUUAAUGCAUUAAGGUGAUUUAAAAUGUAGGGGUUUUUUUUGAGUCAUCUGCUUCAGCUUCUCAGGAAACUACAUCAUUAUAUUUUAUCAAUCAUGCUGCCAAGUUUGAUAAUACAAAUGCCUCAAAUGUUAUGAAAAGGAAAUAUGGAAGCUAGACACCAGUGAGAGGCUGCAGACUGGAAAUUCCUUUAUAUUUCCUGGUUAAAGAUUAACAAUACAAAACCUUAGGGCAUGAAAUCAUUUAUAAUCACAUGAUAAUUAUUCUGACACCAUCAAAUACAGCAGGUAUUCUAAGUUUUCAGAACGAUGCAGCAUAAAUCUUGUCAGAAUCUGGUUAAAAAUUAACAUUUCAGGUUCUCAUUUAUUACAUUCUGGUCUUGCCUAAUUAUUCUUCCACAUCUGGUUAUAAGGUUUCAUUUGUACACAAGGUUCUCAGAGCAUUUAGUUUGGAAGAAAGCUUUGGAAAAAUGUUUUUUAUCCACAGCUGGGCCAGCCAGGAAAUUUUGUUAUAAAAAUCCAUGGCAUAAACCACAAUAAACUGGAAUUAAAAGUAGUUCACAAAACCACUUUUAUUUAUUUUGCUUUGGCAGUAUAUAUGCCUGUUCUAUGUGGCAAAGACUGAAAGUCAAGCUUGUCUAACAGUUCCAUGUGCUUUCUGCUACCUU